UCUUGAGCUCGCUUCUGCACCAGGAUCUUUCAUACUGCUUCCGCUCCGCAGUUUAUGACUUCCACUUUCCCGGGCGUCACGUUGAGUUUGCCAUGCUGCCUUUCUUGGAUUCUGUUGCAACGUCUCGGGCGGGGAUGCUUCUAAGCAUGCUCCCACCGCCCACCAAACCUGAUCUGUUUCUGGAAGAGGACAUCCCAGCAUCAGAAGCUAUGACCUCUGUGGUUUCCGCCAAGGAGAAAGAGGUGAUCACUGUCAAGUCCGAUUCCAUUUUGGUCGCAGGUGACUUCGAGUUGACGUUGAAGUCUCCAAGGAAUUCUUUUUAUGAAGACUUCACGAGAUCGACCAGAUCGACCUGCGAUUGUGGCCAUCCCAUGAAACCGGAUCGUUCGACGCACGAUGACUACGUUCGCGAGCUGGAGGCUCGCUUGCAGGCAGUGCACCGCGCUCCCAGGAAGCUGUCGCGCGCGGUGAAGUGGCGACGUCAUCUUGAUUUCUGUGAAGACUAGGAAGACUGGGCUGGUUUUCAGACGUCUAUUCGAUCGGCCAAACCACCGCCAUCAAUCUCAACAGAGUGACAAGCUUUUUCCUCUUGGGUGCAUAUGUUAUUCUUGAGAGGAACUUGCCCCGGGCCAAGAUACGAGGUGUAGCACUGGAGAAUGCAGAACCAAGGUUUUUU